UUGACCGGAGCCAUAGUGCCUUCUGCUUCCUGCCCGUUGCCCGGGCAACACUUAACAACAUCGCCACCCAGCUCGUAGAGACGGUCAGCGGCAAACGGAAUCCUGCGAUAUAUUCACUAGCAUUAAAAAUCCACGCUGUGGUAGUAAAUCUCGGAUAGGAGGCGUUUUUCCAUCUUGGGUGACAAUGAGUCAACGGCAGAUCAUUCAAGUUUUUGAGCAGUUUCAGAAAUCGAGGAUGCAGUUUGUGCAAACUGUCGCUGAUCUGGCUGCCAGACCGCAAAAUAUAGAAUUCCUCCAAAAUGCAGGUGUGAUGCCCAUGCUGCGUCCCCUCCUGCUGGACGUGGUCCCCAGCAUCCAGCAGACGGCGGCGUUGGCCCUGGGCCGCCUGGCAGACCACAGCGAUGACCUGGCCCAAGCGGUGGUAAAAGAAAACAUCCUGCCCCAGCUGGUCCACUCCCUGACCUUCCAGAAUAGGUUCUACAAGAAGGCAGCAGCGUUUGUGCUGCGCGCCGUGGCCAAACACUCCCCCGAGCUGUCCCAGGCCGUGGUGGCCUGUGGGGGAGUGCAUGCCCUGGUUCUCUGUCUAGAGGAGUUUGACCCCUGGGUGAAGGAGGCUGCUGCCUGGGCCCUGGGCUACAUCGCACGACACAACGCAUCGUUGUCUCAGUCGGUCGUGGAGGCGGGCGCUGUGCCACUGCUGGUGUUGAGUCUUCAGGAGCCCGAGAUGGCCCUCAAACGCAUCGCAGCUUCCACCCUCAGUGACAUCUGCAAGCACACACCGGAACUGGCCCAAUCUGUGGUGGACAAUGGAGCCAUCGCACAUCUGGCGCUGAUGAUCCUCAACCCGGAUGCCAAACUGAAGAGGCAGGUGUUCUCAGCCCUCAGUCAGAUCAGUAAACACUCGGUCAGCCUGGCAGAGAUGGUGGUCGAGGCGGAGAUCUUCCCUGCAGCGGUGGCCUGCCUCAAUGAUCCGGACGAGUACGUGAAGAAGAACGUCACCACGCUGAUGAGGGAGGUGGUCAAACACUCACCGGAGCUAGCCCAGGUGAUUGUGAAUUGUGGAGCCAUGGGCGCUGUGGUAGAUUAUCUGGGCAAUUGCCAUGGAAACCUGCGGUUGCCUGGGAUCAUGAUGCUGGGAUAUGUGGCAGCUCACAGCGAGAACCUGGCCAUGGCUGUCAUUCUCUCCAAGGGGGUGCCCCAGCUGGCCCUUUGUUUGUCGGAGGAGCGUGAGCCUCACAUCAAGGCGGCCACGGCCUGGUCCAUCGGCCAGAUAGGUCACCACACCCCUGAGCACGCUAAGGCAGUGGCCACCUCUGACCUGUUGGCCAAACUGCUGGAGCUCUACAUGGACGCCAGCAGCUCAGAGGACCUGCAGGCCAAAAGUAAGAAGGCUCUAAAGAGCGUUCUGCAGAAGUGCACCUACAUGCCAAGUCUGGAGCCCUUACUCUAUGAUGCUCCAAGCAACAUCCUCAGACAUGUUGUCUGCCAGUUCAGCAAGGUGCUGCCUCAUGACAGUAAGGCUCGCCGGCUGUUUGUGACCAGCGGCGGGCUGAAGAAGUUGCAAGAGAUUGAAGCAGAGCCCGGCUCCCCUCUACAGGAGCACAUCAACGCCAUCACCAGCUGCUUCCCCGAGGAGAUCGUCAGGUACUACUCCCCUGGCUACUCAGAGGUCCUGCUCGAGCGGUUAGAGUACUACCAGCCGGCUUAACCACGCAUCAUGUUGAGAUGCUAACAUGAAGAUGUACCAUGAGUACUCCUUGGCAUAAAGUGCAUGCUAAUUUAAAUGAGUUUAACUUUUCAUGCCGUUUGUGUAAAAGAAAUAGCUAUAUGUUUAAAUGUGUCCCCUAACUGCAGCUUGCCUUAGGACAGCUGUUCAUUUUGUAUGCCAACGUGGCCACUAAAGAGACCAUAAAAAAUGGAAAUGUACAAAUAAAGGACAUUUUAUGGAG